UUCUGUCCAUGCGAUAAGAGAUGUUCCACAAGCCUUUGCUGGAGCCUCUUUGUCUAGUCGUUCCCUUAUCGUGUCACCUCCGAUGGAAACGGCUUUUUUCCGCUGCAAAAACAAGACCUGCCUUUCUCACACCAACAGGCGCGAUGGCGGCCCAGGGUGCGGGACAGAGGCCGGCGGCUCCUGCCAGGGUGGGGACCCACGGGGGGACCCGCACCCCCCAGCCCUGGUCGGCUGCUGGAGCGGGGCCGGGAGGAGCUGCCGGGGAGCCUGAGAGGAGCAACCCUGGUCCCUCACGGCUUCAUUAACGAAAAAACCCCUUGCCUUCAAGAUCGGCCCCUCGCUUUCUGCGCUUUACUGGCGCUCAGGACCACCCAGUUGUGUAUUUUAACGGGCGGCACGAGCCACGCUUCAGAAUGAGGAGCAUCCCGGGGCCUGCCGGGCAGCCCGCGAAAUGGACGACGGCGGGGACUGCACCUCCCGGCGCGCCCUGCGGCGCGGCCAUCUUGGCGCCGAGACUUCAUUUCCCAGGCGGCGCGGCGGCGGGGGAGGUGAUGUCCGCCAUCUUAGCGCUGCCUCCUCCCCCGGUGCGGCUGGAUUGAAUGAGCCCGCUGCCCGCCCGCCCGCGAAUUGAGCGCCAUGUCAGGCACCCCGAGCCGCGGUACCCCCGGCGGGACCCCGCUGUCGCCGACUCGCAUCUCCCGCCUGCAGGAGAAGGAGGAGCUGCGGCAGCUCAAUGACCGCCUGGCCGUUUACAUCGACCGUGUGCGGGCGCUGGAGCUGGAGAAUGACCGGCUGCUGCUGAAGAUCUCCGAGAAGGAGGAGGUCACCACCCGGGAGGUGAGUGGAAUCAAGACUCUCUAUGAGUCUGAACUGGCUGAUGCUCGAAGAGUUCUGGAUGAAACUGCCAAAGAGAGGGCUAAAUUACAGAUUGAAAUAGGAAAACUGAGGGCGGACAUUGAGGAGCUCAAUAAAAGCUACAAGAAGAAAGAUGCAGAUUUGUCUGUGGCUCAGGGUCGCAUUAAGGAUCUUGAAGUGCUGUUCCAUAGAAGUGAAGCAGAACUCAACACUGUCCUGAAUGAGAAGCGCAGUCUGGAAGCAGAGGUGGCCGAUUUGCGUGCCCAACUUGCUAAGGCUGAAGAUAGCCAUGCUGUGGCUAAGAAGCAGUUGGAGAAGGAGACACUCAUGCGUGUGGAUCUGGAGAAUCGGUGCCAGAGCUUGCAAGAGGAUCUGGAUUUCAGGAAGAAUGUGUUUGAGGAGGAAAUAAGGGAAACAAGAAAACGACAUGAACAUCGCUUGGUAGAGGUGGACACUAGUCGCCAACAGGAGUAUGAAUCCAAAAUGACUCAGGCCCUGGAGGAUCUGCGAAAUCAACAUGACGAACAAGUCAAACUGUACAAGAUGGAGCUUGAGCAGACUUACCAGGCUAAGCUGGAGAAUGCCAUGCUGGCCUCUGACCAAAAUGACAAAGCUGCUGGUGCAGCUCGAGAGGAGUUGAAGGAGGCUCGCAUGAGAAUAGAAGCUCUCAGCUACCAGCUUUCUGGCCUUCAGAAACAGGCUAGUGCAGCAGAAGAUCGCAUUCGUGAAUUGGAGGAAAUGAUGGCUGGUGAGCGGGAAAAGUUUAGGAAGAUGCUAGAUGCAAAGGAGAGGGAAAUGACAGAAAUGAGGGACCAGAUGCAGCAGCAGCUUACAGAGUACCAGGAACUGCUUGAUGUUAAAUUAGCACUGGACAUGGAGAUCAGUGCUUACCGAAAACUCCUGGAAGGGGAAGAGGAAAGGUUGAAGCUCUCUCCAAGUCCCUCCUCCCGUGUUACAGUCUCUCGGGCUACCUCCAGCAGCAGCAGUAGCAGUACUUCGCUCGUUCGCGCUUCCCGAGGCAAGAGAAAACGUAUUGAAACCGAGGAGUUUUCAGGCAGCGGAACAAGUGGAAUUGGCACUGGAAGCAUUAGCGGCAGCAGUAGUAGCAGUAGCUUCCAAAUGUCCCAGCAAGCUUCAGCUACGGGAAGUAUCAGCAUAGAAGAGAUAGACCUGGAGGGCAAAUAUGUUCAACUUAAGAACAACUCGGAGAAGGAUCAGUCUUUGGGUAACUGGAGACUGAAAAGACAAAUUGGAGAUGGAGAAGAAAUUGCUUACAAAUUUACUCCUAAAUAUGUCCUCAGAGCUGGGCAGACUGUAACAAUUUGGGGCGCAGAUGCAGGCGUAUCUCAUAGCCCCCCUUCUGUUCUCGUGUGGAAGAAUCAAGGCAGCUGGGGCACUGGAGGAAACAUUCGCACGUACCUCGUAAACUCUGAAGGAGAGGAAGUUGCAGUGAGAAGUGUUACUAAAUCAGUAGUUGUGCGAGAGAAUGAAGAGGAAGAGGAUGAAGCAGAGUUCGGAGAAGACGACCUUUUCAACCAACAGGGGGAUCCCAGAACAACCUCUAGAGGAUGCGCAGUGAUGUGAAGAACGAAAAAAGAAGCUCUUACUUGCUUUUUUGUUCCAUUUACUUCCUUUUACUUUUGCUAUUUUUUUCCCUUCAGAGCCACUGAAAACUAUUUUUAUAUGCAUCAUCUGAUUUCUUUGAAGUUUACUCCUUGGUACAUUUUGAUAAAAAAAAAUUCAAAAAAAAAACCCUUUACUGAACACAACUGCCAGAAUUUUUAAUAGAUUUCUUUAUUUUUCCCGCUUUGUUUAAACACUAUAUUGGGAUACAACAUUUUUUCCCAUACAGAGUUUAAAGUCUUAUGUACAAACCUGCAGCAGAAAAGAAGUUUUUAGCUAACGUGGGGUGAGAGUCCUUGAGUGUAUGGUAAAUCUAUAAUGGCACGGGUGACCAGGAUAACUAAAAAAAAAAAAAAAAAGGGUGGGGGGGCAUCUGUGGGGCCGCAGAAGAGAUUCACAGUGGUGUUUCCUCCAUACUUUAAGAAAUGGUAGUAUCUUGCCUGGUAUCCUCAGCAGCGCCCAGCUUAGGAAAAUUAGACCCCAAGCUCAUUAAAAAUGCUGCUUCACCAAUGGAAGUAACAAAGGGAAGUUGCAUUUCGGCCGUUCUCGGCUCAGGACGGCAGCAUCUUGCCCUGCUGCGGGGUUUCACAGCCUAGUGGUAAAAACAUCUGUGGCUGUCAACACCUUAGCGUUGGAUUGUUAUUUCAGAAGAUGGAGAAUGAGGGGUUCUGCUUACUGAAUACAGACACCAGCUUAAGGUAUGGAAGCGUGAAAACCAGAGUUUUAUUUUCAGGGGAGUUUGACAUUGUCACCGAUGAGACCUUGUUACAUCGUGGACGCAAGUUCUGAUGCACGGUGUUUAUGAUGUUAAGCAUCACAGUUUAAUGCUUUUGACAUAUUAAGCAUUAAACAGAAUGGUUAAGAUUUUAGAUGUUAAAAAGGGAUUUUUAAAGGUUAUCCUGUGUAAAUGUUGGCUCUUUUAAUCAGAGCUAGAUGCAGCCUGUUCAUACUUCUCUUAUAUUCAAAGGGGCUUUGUCAGAUAACUUAAGGAGCGGUAUUUGCAAAAUAGUACAGAAAUAGUUUAAUAACUUCUUGAAAGGAACUGCUGCUGUAGGACAUAAGCAUUGCUUUGCAGCGUUCAAGUGCUUGAAGUCAAGUCUAACAGCGAGUGAAGGGAGAAUAAUGCUUUUUAUUACAAAAAUGCUUUUAUGAGUAGCCGGCGAUUUUUAUUUCGGUAUGACGCAUUUUGUAUCUGACAGUGUCCCUUUAGCUUUAGGUUUCUUCUGCUGCGUUUCUGUGGAGGUAACUCUGACUCCCAUAAGGGUUAGUGUUCAUAGAGCAGUGCAUCUUUAAGCACUAGGAAAAAUACUUGACUGCUCCAAAGAAUGUAUUGGCUACUGUACAAGCAAAAGUUGGGGUUUUUCCAGUAGUUAUUAGUUUGAAUACAAAAUUUAGAUACCAUUUGACGCCAGCAUAGAAUCCUGUUUUUACCUGCACUCUUGAACUCUGACCUUGUCAUUCGAAUAGUUUAGACUCAUCAAACGGGCUACAAGGUUUGGAUGUUUUCGGUGGCUUUUGGACAUUAUGUUCUCUGAACAGUAUUGUGACUGACAGAUAUAACCUAGAGUGUCAGUUUAGUGGCUUUGACUGAUGGCUUUGUAACGCAAGCAGGGUGGGAACAAAGGGGUUUUUUUAAGCUUCCGGAUUUAUUUUGCCAUUUGAAAAUAAAUCAAAGAUGCUACUUUUCUCUCUUUGAGUGGGAUGACUGAAUUACUGAAGUUAAACUAAUAGAAAUGUAGAAUUAUGUUUUAAUCUGUUAUUAGCAGAUCCAUUACAAAAAACCAGUAUGAAGAUUUGGCUGUUUGGGCUAAUGGGAUAACUUUGUUGAUGUACUUGUCCAUUUUUCUAAUGUAGUUUUCCCACUCUGCUUGAAUAGAAGGUUAAAUAUGUAGUAAACCAUGUCUAUCUCUCUGUAAAAUGUAUCUUGUGAAAUUAUGUUUCUCAGACAUACUGUUAUCAAUUACCUCUUCUAAAUUUGUUAUGCAAACGAAUGCAAUCAAUGUAAAAGCAUUUUUGCAAUGCACCUUCCAACCACUGGACCGAAUUUCCCUUUCUGACCCACAGCUUCUAUAAUAUAUUUAGAUAAUGUUUGAGGGCUUUUUGCUUUUUUUUUUUUUCCUAAAGGUCUGUGUUGUUUUUUUUUUUCCACACUGGCCAGUUUUCAGAUUGCUUAUUCUUCUUUAAGGUUGUCCUGUAAAUUCAAGAUUGUUCUGUGAUCUUAAAUACUAAAGCAAUGAGUGUGUAGUUCAUUUACAUUUUUUCUGUAUUUUUCUGUAUUUACAUUUUUCUGUUUUGGUUUUUUUUUUUCCUGCAAAGAAUGGGCUAGGAAAGGCAGCUCGAACAAAGAGAACCUCUUGCUACCUGAGCCAUUGUUUUCUUAACAGCUACUGUAUGGGGAACGUGUCGUCUUGUAGCUUUACGGACUGGUGCUUGCAGACUUUUUUUGUGAUGAGCACCGGUGCCCUUCAGUAACAGUCUGCAGAAUUUGUCCUUUAGAUUUGUAACCGUGUCCUUUAACUUUGGAAACAGUUUAGUUUCUUCUUCAGUACCAUGUUUUAGGUGUUAUGCACAUGUUCAUGUAAAGUAGUGACUGACACUGUGGGAAAAGCCGAACGCCAACAGUCUCAACGUGGGUGAUUCUGUCACCACAGGGCUUUCUAAAAGGCUACUAAAAACAUGAGAAAUAAUUCCUAGCUGUAAAUUAC